AUGGACCCAAGCGCCCACGAGACAGUAGAUGAGAGAGGGGAAGCCAGUCAUGCAUCGGCAUCAACACCACCACAACCUCAAACAGCACCUGCAGGCACGCAUGACGGUGUAGGGCAGCUUUCUCAGCAGCAGCGCGAGACGCGUGCAACUCAUCGAACAACUCAGACUGCUCCGCAAUCAGUUGAGCCUACCUUUUUCGGAGAAAUUGCAGGGACAGAUGGCCCUUCUCCGUAUGAGUCGUUGCAUUUGCGCGUGACCAGGGCGUAUGAGAGACAUACGUACCAGUACUGGUUCGUGGCCACACUGUCAAAUUCCCUGCUCUUUGUCCAGAUCGUCAUUGCGGCCAGUCUUACUGUACUGGGUGCAUUCAAUGAUCGCAGAGCUCGGACUGCAACAAUCUUCCUCGGUGCUUCCAACACAGUGAUCGCUGGUCUCUUGACUUACUUCAAGAGCCGCAAUCAACCCAACCGGGCCAGACAGUUCCGCAACGAUCUCGCCGCAGUCGUCGACCAGCUCAACGAUACGGAGGCGAAUUUCAGAAACCCCAACUGGCAGGGUGAUGAGUCUGCAGAGUUGCAGAAGAUCAGAGACGCCUACAAGCAGGCCCGGCUCGACGCUCAAGCGAACUACCCCGACCUCUGGGUAAAGGGGACGAGUCCGUAUAAUCCUAAUUAUACGCCGCCACUCGACACGGAUCCAAUAACAGGUGUCUCGGGGCUCCCGUCGCAACUCCAUCGUCAUCGUGGGCAGGUCUUUUCACCACCAGGUCCGUCAGCUCCACAGGGGUGA